AUGCACACAGAUUGUAACACCUUGUCCUCUUUUGAGAUAAAAUUGACGUGUAUCAACCCUUUACAAAUCAACACGCCCAGCACUGGCAUGAAGGCGCGUGUGUCUCCAUUCUUCCGAACGGUACUCAUCGCCUAUAUGCCGACGGCGAAGAAAAAACUCGGUAUCGCUUUUGCGAUAGUUGCCGAAGGCCUCGAGGGAGUAAUACGAAGGCAUCCAGCUUUCCUAGGAUUCAGUGACACCUCUCCCAAAAUCCUACCUUUCUAUAUGCGCUUUGACCCAGCGCACAAUGUCCUGGACCCCACAAGGCGAAGGCAGAGCUCCAGUAAUGAAGAAGAAUCAACGUCGAGUGACUUCUCGGUGUACCAUUCGUUCAAUUCUUCUAUUCCGCCGGUCUUUACACAUUUCUCUAGGUCUCGAGAUGGCGUCUGGUUGAGGAGGAUUGCACGGCGGAAGUGUUGGAUUUCCCUUUGGUUUCUCUCUGGCUUCUUCGUUCGAGGCAUUUCACCUACAAGAGGAGUUCAAAGUCUCCGUGUUUUUACGAUGGUCAUGUCGGAACGCAACCAUCAGUGGUUCCUGUGCGAACUCCAUGUAUUCAUCUUGUCUGACACACGUGUGGGGGUAUUCAACAAGACACACUCGUUAUCAACGACAGAGUCAACUCCUAUAGCACGGCUGACAUCGUCUGGGCUCGUACGAAAUAGCACAAGACGCCGGUCCAAUCUCAGACUCACCUUGAUCACUGUCGACUACCAUCCUCGCACGCUGACCCUUAACGUCGUCCGCUCUCGUUCUGUCGGUUAUAUCCCCAGCAAGUGCUAUGUGCACCGCUCGGAAUCAGUGGUCAAGAUUGUUUGGGGCAAGAUUUGGACUGACGUUUCGGAUUUCGUCUGCGGUCGCUUGGAUGAAUGA